AUGACUUCGAGGUAUUGGGUGGUGUCUCUACCAGUGAAGGACUCUUCUUCCACGUUAUGGAAUCGUCUUCAAGAUCAGAUCUCCAAGCAUUCCUUCGAUACUCCCGUUUAUCGGUUCAACAUUCCUAAUCUUAGAGUUGGAACAUUAGAUUCUCUGCUAGCUCUCGGCGAUGAUCUGCUAAAGUCAAACAGCUUUGUGGAAGGAGUUUCGCAGAAGAUUAGGAGACAGAUUGAAGAAUUGGAGAGGAUCUCUGGUGUGGAGAGCAAUGCUCUUACUGUUGAUGGAGUUCCUGUUGAUUCUUAUCUCACUAGGUUUGUUUGGGAUGAAGCUAAGUACCCAACAAUGUCUCCUUUGAAGGAGGUUGUGGAGAAUAUUCAGUCUCAGGUUGCUAAGAUUGAGGAUGAUCUCAAGGUUCGUGUUGCUGAGUAUAACAAUGUCCGCGGUCAACUCAAUGCCAUUAACAGAAAGCAAAGUGGAAGCUUAGCUGUUCGCGACCUCUCAAGCUUGGUUAAGCCAGAAGAUAUUGUCGCAUCAGAACAUCUCGAGACUCUCCUUGCUGUUGUUCCAAAGUAUUCCCAAAAAGACUGGCUAUCAUGUUAUGAGACGCUGACCGACUUUGUGGUUCCUAGGUCCUCGAAGAAAUUGUUUGAGGAUAAUGAGUAUGCUCUUUACACCGUCACUCUCUUUACUCGUGUUGCAGACAAUUACAUGACAAGUGCCCGUGAGAAAGGGUUCCAAAUCCGUGAUUUUGAACAUAGCGUUGAAGCACAAGAGACUCGUAAACAAGAGCUAGAAAAGCUGGUUCAGGAUCAGGAAAAAAUAGCUGAACUUUCAGGAGAAGAACAAAGAAGCAAGUACUUGUAUUUGGUUAUGAAAGCGAAACCUUAA